AUGAUUGGAGGAAGAGGAAAAUGGGAUCCCCGAGGCAAACAUUGCUAUGUGACCGGAGGUUCGUCUGGGCUGGGUCUUGCUCUGGCACUCCUUCUCGCUCGAAAGGGCGCAAAUGUAUCCAUCGUCGCGCGCAAUAAGAAGAGUUUAAAGGAGGCGCUAGCUCAGUUAGAGGCUGCUCGUGUUAACAAAAGUCAAAUCUUCAACUCUUACUCCUUCGCACUGGAUGCUUUCUCUACGACCGAAGACGCUUUCAAUGCUGCAUGUGAGCCAUACGGUGGACGCUCACCGGACGCAGUUUUCCUUUGCGCUGGGAAGGCGACACCAGGAUUUUAUAUCGAGCAAGAUGAGGAGUCCAUAAGACGCGGGAUGGACAGUACCUUCUGGGUAGCAUCGUGGAGUGCUUUUGUAGCAUCACGGCAUAUGGUUCGCCACCGCCAGGUUGGCAAGAUCGUAUUUGUUUCGUCUGUGCUUGGUUACAUGUCCAUGCUUGGAUAUUCAACGUACGCCCCCGGAAAACAUGCUAUCCGAGGUCUUGCUGAGGGUCUCAGGCAGGAGCUGCUUCUUUAUUCAAUAGAUGUUCACCUAUACUUCCCUGCGACUAUAUUCAGCCCUGGCUAUGUAGAGGAGAACAAAACGAAGCCUAAGCUCCUUCUUGAGCUCGAAGCGACCGAUGACGGUCUCUCACCGGAAAAAUGCGCCGAGGGCUUGUUCAAGGGUCUUCAGCGAGGCGACUUUCAUAUAACGGAUACCUUUAUUUGUGAUGCGUUCCGCACUAAUACUCGUGGCUCGACUCCUCAUGGCAGUCAGGGGCUUAGAGAUGCUUGUAUCAAACUUAUUGGUUUGAUCGCGCUUCCGUUGUGGCGGCGAGGGGUCGAUAAGUCUGUCAUCGCUCAUAGACAGGAGCAUUCAGACUAUUUGUCUGCUAAACAGUUUUUCGUCUCGGGGGACCGAGUCGAGUGA